UUUUCUUUAUAUUGUUUUAUAUCCUUGUCAGCAGAGAUUGUAUUAUAAAAUUUAUUACUAAAUAUUUCAUUUACUUAUUUGCUAUUUUUGCUAUAAUUUUGCAGGUGCAUAUUUUCUAGAUAUUCCUAGACUUUGGAACUGUAUUAAUAAUGGCAGCCGACGACUUAAUGCUCCUGGAAAGAGUCUUUCUUAGACUAGGCUCAGCAGAGACUGAUGAUCAAUUGGAAAAUGUCCUUGGCAAGUUUCUUGUUCCUGUUCUACUUAAGUUAUCAUCUGCUCAUGAGAGUGUAAGAAAGAAGGUUAUGGAACUACUUAUACAUGUGAAUAAAAGAAUUAAAACAAGACCAAACAUUCAGCUGCCUGUGGAGGCCCUUAUAAACCAAUACACUGAUCCAGCAGCCUCAUCUUUUGUCAAUAACUUCACUAUCAUCUACAUCAAGUCUGGUUUUCCUCGCCUAUCAACAGACAAACAAGCAGAAUUAGUGCCUCUUAUUAUAAAUGCUUUAAAAGGCAAACCAAAACUGCACUUGGAUAGUCUUUUGAUGCUUAUAGUGCCAUUAUUAGGCAAAGUCAAGGUACCUACAGAACCUGAAAAGAAAAAAUCUUUAUUUGAUUUGGACAAAAAUCCAGAUGUUGCCAAGUAUUUUCUGGAUAUUCUUCUGGAUGUUUUGUUGUUGCCUUACAGCUCGUUGAGUCUUCAAUGUCAAGAUAAUGAUUUGAAUGGGUCAUCUAUUUCUGCCCCCCCUGGCAUGUCUCAAAUGUCUUUAAAAAGAAUUGUCACUAAUAAUACCAUUAAGCUUGAAGAGUUUGAAACUAUUAAAUUGGGUAUUGUAAAAUUCUUGUCCCAAGAUGUGUUUAAGCCAGAAGAGAUUUUAUUGCAUUUUAUAGUAGCUGCUGCGGAUACUAGGUUUGAGGUGGCCAAUUUAGCCGAUAUGGAAUUAAAGAAAGUCUUGGGUUUUAUUGAUUGGACUUCUCCACAAAGUUCACAGCCAAUAUUUAUACUCUUCUUGGGAUCCAAAUCUCCUAAGGCUGAUCAAGUAAAAAUGCCAGCGAGCACUAGGAUCAGGCUAAAAUUGCUAACUUAUUUAUCAAGAUUUCAAGGAGAGGCAUGUUUGUUCCCUUACAGUUUACAAGUAGUUUUUGAUAGCCUUUAUGGAGAAAAUACAAAUAGUAAACUGAAAAAUUUAGCUUUAAGUUUUACUGCUAAUUUAAUUCGAUAUUCAAAAGGAGACUCCUUAAAAAAGGUUUCCCCAGUAUUGCUUGUUGGCUUAACGAAACUAAUAAAGGGAGAUGAAAAUGAGCAUCAAGGUCAAGCAUAUAUGACCAUAAGCAUGCUCGCCCAGAAAUUCCCUCAUAUUGUUUUCUCUGAUGUGGGCAUUCUGGAGUUGUAUUUCAAUAAUUUGGAAGUGGCCAAUCCUAAUUUGAAAAUACAAGUGAGAGAAGGUCUUUUAAACUUAUUGGUGGCCUAUAAAUACGACAUUUAUCCGGAAGAAGCGGACAAAGACGGCCGUCUAGGCAUAUUAUUGGCCCUUUUAAAGGUGAAAAUGAAUUCCCAAGAACCAAUGGUGAGAUUCGCGUGUGUACGCACACUUUCCACCAUAUUUCCAGUGGACCAUGUGCCGUCGAAAUUCUUGUUAUUAGUGGCCAUCGGGGAUCGAGAGGAAGACGUGAGACAGGAGGCAUUUAAAUCGAUUUACGGAAUGACAAGGAAAACGAAUUUCGGCGAAGCGAGCGAGAUAGAUAAAUCGUUGCUUCCGUCCUUCUCAGAUAUUACCAAACUGGUUUACAAUGAAACCGAGAAAAAUAUGGCAGAUAAGAGCAAAAGUGUCAAUGUCGGUAGCAGCACUUUACCUUUUAGUGUUAACGUUUAUUUAGAGAUAAUUCUUUAUCUACGUCUUUGCCUUCUAAGAAACCUGGAUAUACCGUUAACGCGGGAUGUUUUAAAACACCCGUGUGAAUACACCCCGAAAGUUGCGAAGCAAAUUCUGGACAUUUACAAUGAUCCCAGUGGGAAAGAGAUGCUGAAUCAUUAUGCCUCAUUGGUUAGAAGUUUAUUGCUUACGAAUUCAGGAUUAGAACCAAUUUUAUGUAUGACAGAACUGAUUGGAUCGGUGCCUGAUCUUCAUAAUUUAAUGGUCACCGAUAUGGAUUGGAUCACAAAUCAAUUAAAUAACGUAAAAGAAGAAAUAAGAGAAAACGUGGCUAUUUUGUACUCUUUGGUGUUAACACUGAUGUCAGAUGGUGAUGAUUUUGACAAGUCUGUUAAGUACUUAAUUGAACAAUGUGGUAAAAACAACCUUGAAGCACAGCAUGGAGCUCUGCUGGGCUUAGCGAACUCCUUGGAAGCGUACGCUUUGAAGAAAAUGCGUGAAAAUGCCAUAUUUGACAAAAUUAAGCUUACUAAAGAGUGUAUCAACACUAUCGUUCCAUUUAUGAAAAACCAAAAUCCAUUGCUAGUAGCCGGAUCUUGCACUGGUAUCGGUCUAAUUGGUAGAGUGAUAAGUUUGCCAUUGGAAGAUGGUAAAAUCCCGGAGGAUGGCAGCCCGAAUCCGAAGAAACCCGCUGUUGAAAUGAAUAAACUUCAAGUGGUUGAGAGAUUAAUGGAUGUUAUGAAAAAUAAUAAAUUAUCUGCUAAGGUUCGAGAAAAAGCUGCUAGAUCGCUCGGUCUUUUAUGUGUUGGUGAAAAGUUUGUUCAUGCAAAGCUUAUUAUACAGGGUUUACUCAAUACUGCCACUGAGGUAAGCACAUUAGAAAUUUAUUUCUAUUCUUACAUAUGCAGGAAAAAAGUCUAUCUGUAGUAGUUUUGAUGUAUU